AUGGCCUCUGGACAGGUUCAGAGCAUCAUUCGAUCCCAAACCAGUAUGGGUAUGCGUCACAGAGAUCGUCCUACUACUGGUAACACCCUCAAGUCUGGUUUGUGUUCAGCCCUCACAACCUACUUUUUUGGAGCUGAUCUCAAGGGGAAGCUGACAAUCAAAAACUUCCUUGAAUUUCAACGUAAACUUCAGCAUGAUGUUCUGAAACUAGAGUUUGAACGCCAUGACCCUGUGGAUGGUAGAAUUACUGAGAGGCAGUUUGGUGGUAUGCUGCUAGCCUACAGUGGGGUGCAGUCCAAGAAGCUGACCGCCAUGCAGAAGCAGCUCAAGAAGCACUUCAAAGAAGGAAAGGGUCUGACAUUUCAGGAGGUGGAGAACUUCUUUACUUUCUUAAAGAAUAUUAAUGAUGUGGACACUGCAUUGAGCUUUUACCAUAUGGCUGGAGCAUCUCUUGAUAAAGUGACCAUGCAGCAGGUGGCCAGAACAGUGGCUAAAGUGGAACUCUCCGACCAUGUGUGUGAUGUGGUGUUUGCACUCUUUGACUGUGAUGGCAAUGGGGAGCUGAGCAAUAAGGAAUUUGUUUCCAUCAUGAAGCAACGGCUGAUGAGAGGCCUGGAGAAGCCCAAAGACAUGGGCUUCACCCGCCUCAUGCAGGCCAUGUGGAAAUGUGCACAGGAAACUGCCUGGGACUUCACUUUGCCCAAACAGUAACGCAGAACGGCAAGAGUGGGCCACCACCUCUACCCAAGCACCCUAGACCCCCUUGAGCAGAGCCUUGAUAUAGCCCUUUGUGCUGCUCCUUGUGGAAGUCGUGCCCACUUCCUCCUGGGAAUGACCUCAGGAUGCUACCAGUUUCUCCUCUCCACCUGUCCCCUGUCCCAGUGUUCUGCUAGGCUCUGAUUUUGCCCGAUGGUUAACCCCAUAGGUUCUCAAAAAUGUGAGCAAAUCUUAAAAGCUCAGACCUUUGGCACCUUCGACAGCACUAUCCAUUCAGGCACCUUAUAGACAAAGAAUGCAGGGAACCAUUCACACACCUGUCAACCCUAGGAAACAUCCAGUUCUCAAAUCGUUUUCACUGAGGAUUUAUAUUAACAAGAACAUUCUUUAUUUUUCCUCCUGCUGGUGUUUUUAAGCUACAAGUUGGGAAAAUCUUUGGCAGGCAAAAGGAAGUCUGUGUUGAAUGAUAAUGAGGAUGGCCUGGGCCAGAGGAAGGGUCUGUGUCAGUUACUGGGGCGGCUCUGAGGCCUGCUCCAAGAAAGCAAUGCGCUCAGUGGGAACAGAGCAAGAUUCAGAAUUUAAAGUCGUGGCUUCAAGGCUCUCUACACUCCCUUCCUUUCUUCUCAGACUCCCUAAGACGACUUCACCAUGACUCUGCUUAAUGAGCAGCAGUGAUUGAGUUCAGGUUCCCUGCAAGUGCUAUUUCCCAUCUGGGAGUGGGCCUCUGAAGCUGAGGCCUGGCUCAGAAACUGCCUGCUCUCUCUUAAACACUUGGAAAAUAUUACUUUAAUUAUAACAGUUUGCUAUAAACACCC